UUGAUUAGUUCCAGGCGUCCCCUUCGCGUCAAAGGCAAGUGUCGGUUGGCUGUUUGAAGCUACUGCCUUUCGAUUUUUAGCGUUAAAUCUGAUCAAAAAUGCCCAGAAAACGCAAGCACUCUGAUGAAGAAGAUGAUGGAGAAGCACUUGAGGCAGAAAACGGGGUGCGUGGAAAGAGAAAAGCGGCGAUGGAAGCGCGCGCUAAAGCAAAAGUAGUGGCCCGUGACGAUAGUGACGAAGGAGAAGAGGAAGACCACGAAGAAGAGGAAGAAGACGACGGCGAUGACGAGGAUUUUGAAGGAGAAGCAGACGAAGAUGAUGAUGAAGCUGAGAAUUCUUCUAAAGAACAUGGUGAAGAAGCGGAGAAUGAUGAAGACGAUGAAAACGAAGUCGACGAGGACGACGAGGAUGUCGAUGCAGAUGCCAUCAAAGUAGACUGCAUUAAAGCAGAACUUGAAGAACCUUCUAAAGAUAUAGCAGGCUAUGUUCUCAAGAAAGCUGAGAAAGAAAAUCAAAAACUAGAAAUGUGGUUUUCAGAGGAGAUGAGUGAGACAAUAGGAGACAUAACUGAGGCUUUCAGCUCUCACUAUGAAAACAAAAAAUUGCCUGUCUUACAAGUAACAAAAUUUGAUGUCAUUGAGGAAACAAAUGAAAUCUACCAGAUUGAUGUACUUGAGGCAAAGUAUGAUAAGGCCUACAGCAUACGAGUUAAAGAGCAAGAUACUGAUAACACCAAUCUGGCACACGACUUGUACUGUCUAGUACGAGUUGAUGGUACAAAGAAGACAUGGGCUACACAGUACUUUAUGCCUGAAGAAGACUGACCCAUUUUGUUUGCUUUUUCUUCGUUCAAUAUCUGUAGACUUAAAGUUUAGUACUUACUAAAUGUAUUUGUAAUUGAACAUCUUUGUCUUUUUAAAAGACUGCUCUUUUUUGAUCUCUUUAUUCACCAGUUAGCAAUUGAUCCUUUUUGUAAAUGAUAUUUUGUAACAGCAGAGUUAUUUGUUUAUUCUGUAACUUUCUUUUGUACAAUAAAGUAGAACUAAUCCUUAA